AAAUGGUGAAAAUGACAACUCUAUCCUUCCUCUGAUCUACCUCCGAUUAAAUUCCCCUUUCCCCUUCAAAGAAGCAAACUUAUCCUUGACCUCCCCCCAUCUCAAGAACCACUCAACAUUGACAAUGGCGUCCCUCUCAGCCCAAAUCAUUCUCUGCAUCGCCCUAAUAUCAGCUACCUGUUUGAUUAUAGGCGUUAAUGGAAGUGCGGUUGAACGACAGAGGGAGUUCGACUACUUCGCUUUGGCCCUUCAAUGGCCCGGCACCAUCUGCCACCAGACUCGCCAUUGUUGCUCCUCCAACGGCUGCUGCCGAGGCUCGGAUUCUCCAACUGAGUUUACGAUUCAUGGAUUAUGGCCAGAUUAUAAUGAUGGAUCCUGGCCAUCCUGUUGUGCUCGAUCUCAAUUUGACAUCAAAGAGAUCUCAACAUUGAUGGGUGCACUUCAGAAGUACUGGCCAUCCUUAUAUUGUAGCCGCCCGUCAACUUGCUUCAGUGGAAAAGGGAUAUUUUGGGCUCACGAGUGGGAAACACAUGGAACUUGCUCCUUUCCUGUAUUUCAUGAUGAAUACAGCUACUUUUUAACAGCCCUCAAUGUUUACUUCAAAUAUAAUGUCACGAAAAUGCUGAAUGAAGCUGGAUAUGUUCCUUCUAAUAGUGAAAGGUAUCCUCUUGGAGGCUUGGUCUCUGCCAUUGAGAAUUCUUUCCAGGCAACACCGGAUGUGAUUUGUUCAAAACAUGAUGUGAAGGAGAUUCGUUUAUGCUUCUAUAAGGAUUUCAAGCCUCGGAACUGUUUGGCCUCAAAGACGUCAUGUCCGAAGUAUGUUAGCUUGCCAACAUACGUGGCAUUGGGGCGCAAUGAAACUGAGAUGGGUAUUGAACGGAUAUCCGGUGAUUUUGAAGCCCUGUAAGAUCUGAAGUUUCUGUAUCAAUAAUGUAACAUAUUUCAAUUAUGUGGCGGUUUGUACUCCAUUCAACUUAUUCCACUUAAUCAUCAGAUUCAAAUAUUGAACGGAUGUCUGGUGAUGAAGCCCUUCUGUAAAAUCUUAAGUUUCUAUAUCAACAAUGUAGCAUAUUUCAAUUA